UGCGCAUGCGCGUGCUCUGUUUAGUUUUCUCCAACCUGAAGAGCUCUGGCUGCCUAGCUUCGCAUCGCUGACUGUUGUUGUGAAGCUUCGAGAGAAAUGAGACCUUCCCCCCCCCCCCAGCUGGAAUAUAAAGGACGUUAAUAACAGACGUUAAUGUGACAGAAAGCCACGCUUGAGGAAGUCUGGAACCGCAGUGGAAACCGACUGUUUGGGUGAAGAAUAGCUAAACUGUUCGCUGAAAAUACCCCCUCAGCAGCCGGAGCAGCAGCAGCAGAGGAGCAAGAAUAGCCCUCACGGAUCCCACAUCACAGCACAUCCACUGCGGCAACCCUGUUCUCUGACUCUGGCGGCUACAAACGCUUCAACCACUUUUGGGUUUUCUUGUGUGACUAUUUGGGUGGAAAAAAAAAAAUCUUCGGCGAAAACCCAGUUGCUAGAGGAACUACCCGCUUUUAGUAUAGAGGUUUGUUAACGCAUUAAAAUGGCUGCUGAGACGGUAUUUGCGAGAGAAUGGUUCUAAUUCAACGUAUCAAACUGCAAAUGAGUUACUCUGGCUAACAAACUGUAUUAGUUUGGUCUAUGAGAAUAUACAGCCAACAGCAGCUUUUGAUUUAACGUUUAUUGUUUCUUUAAAUAGGCGCUUCCAAGGGAGAAGUGGUGACGGGAAUUCCUCUCAAUCCAAGUCUAUGCAUGCGGUUAACCGAGCAGCUUUAGUAGACACGCAUUGCAUUUAUUUUAGGCCUUUUUAAGUCUUAAUCGAGUGUGCCCACCACUCAACGAACAUGCAGGACUUCUUUGUUAUAGUUGAAGCGUCCUGAGAAGUCGAGGCUUUCUCUCUGAGAAGGCCCCGCUUGGUCGACCUGGAGGGGAGGAAGAAAGAAGAGGAACCAUGGAGAUUGGAGGAAGAUGUAAGACUCGACUUUUUCUAUUCGGGCCGAAGCUAGUUUCGAGGAGCGAUCCGAGGGGAAUCCACAAAUAUCUGGUGGUGUAUGCUUUGUUUUCCUUCGUGCUGUUAACGCACGCCUCCCCGGCGAAAUCCUGUGACAAGAGCUGUAACUCGGGGAAAUGCAUCAACGGAUCCUGCGUCUGCGAGCGAGGAUGGGUCGGAGAUCAAUGCCAGCACUGCCAGGGGAGGUUCAAAUUGACAGAACCUUCAGGCUACCUCACCGACGGGCCCUUCAACUACAAGUUCAAAACAAAGUGCACCUGGCUCAUUGAGGCCAACCCUAAUGCGGUUCUGCGGUUAAGAUUCAACCACUUUGCCACAGAGUGCAGCUGGGACCACAUGUACGUCUAUGACGGGGACUCUGUUUAUGCUCCUCUGGUUGCUGUUUUCAGUGGCCUGAUCGUACCAGAGACGCGAGGUAAUGAGACGGUUCCUGAAGUUGAGACGACUUCAGGCUACGCACUGCUACACUUUUUCAGCGACGCUGCCUACAAUCUGACAGGAUUUAACAUACUCUACUCGAUAAACUCUUGUCCCAAUAACUGCUCCGGUCAUGGGAAGUGCACGCCGGGGAACUCGGCCGCCAGCAGAGUGUACUGUGAAUGUGACAAGUACUGGAAGGGCGAGGCGUGCGACAUCCCCUACUGCAGGAACAACUGCGGGAGCCCCGACCACGGCUACUGCGACCUCACCGGCGAGAAGCUGUGUGUCUGCAACGACAGCUGGCAAG